UUUUGAAAUUGACAUGAAUGGGAAGCGGUAUUCAUGGCAGGGUAUUGCAAAAUUGCCUUUCAUUGAUGAAGAGCGUCUUCUUGCAGAGGUUGCAAAAGUGGAACAUACUUUGACGGAGGAAGAAGCACGGAGAAACAGUAUAAUGUGUGACAUGCUUUUUGUGGCAGCAUCACACCGUCUCUCAGAACAAAUAUUUUCUCUUGACAAUCGUUGCAGACAUUUAACAGAAAAGGAACGAAUUGAAGUCAAGGAGGAAGUCAAACCUGACUUGAGGUUUGUUUUAAGUGCUAAUUUGGACUGUGGUUGAAAUCAAGUUAGUCUGAUGAAUUCUAUUAUUCUAAUUUAUUCUUCUUCGAGUACACUGCCAAGCUACUAGGAUUUAAUGGGGGAUUUGUGACUUAUUGAUGUUGGGAAAAUUUUACAGUUUAUUCAAUACUACCAAUUGGCACAAUGAAAUAUCUGUUUUGAUGGUUUCCUGUCAGUAUGGAUCAUCCGUAUAGAUCAUAAAUUCGGUUUCUACUCUAAUUGUUGUUCUUAUUAGGUUGUGUUUGGUAAUCAGAAGGGAUUUUUUUUUUUCAAAAGAAUUAUUUGGAUAUUAGAUGUAAUAAUUCUCAAUGUUUAGGUCCAAACAACUUUUAAGUUCUUUGGAAAAUGUCUUAUACCCCACAUUUUACAUGGUCAAUAGGGGUUGUUCUUGUUGACCCGUAAAAUGUUAUACAUCUGAAGUAAAUUUUCAGUCUUUGAAACAAGCAUAAGUUCCGAAAACUUUUUCCGGAAAAUAUUUUAUGUCAAUGCUUUCUCAUUGUGUGUAAUAUGUAAAGCUAUACUAAGCUCUGAAUUGUCUUCUGGUUUAUGCUUUCAGUUAUGUUUGAUCACAUUCCUUUAGUCACAUACUUCAAAUUGCAAGUUUGCAAAGGGGAAAGUUGAUGUUAUGUAUUUCAUUUUUUAGUCAUGAUAGAAGCUACAUGCUCAUUCACUAUGUUGGUGUUGUUGGGCUAGUUUUGCUUUUAUAUUCUAGUAUUAUUCCUUUUAAUCUUAAUUCUGGUGAUUACGCUGCUUUGCUGACUAUACUAUAUGGUCUAGCGAUAUACUUUAGAAUUGAAGCUGUCUUGACUACUUUGCCUGCUAACCGUGAAUUUAAGAU